AUGGCGAAGUUAGUCGGCCAAAAUGAAAACAUUGAGCACUGCUCCAGACAUUUUUGUAAAAUGGUACCAAAGCUUAUGUUGUUACCAGCCUCGCAAGCCGUGGGUCGGCAAAUGGGUCUGGCCAACUUGGUGAGAAAAAGCAGUUUCUCUCUCGCCUGGCACACUUUGCUCGAGAUCGCAAUCAACCUGAAGAAGAUUCUCAACCCAUUUUUAACAGUCUCGAGUGCCCUCAACCGGACGAAUAGUUGUCAUGGCAGUCACGGCCAUGUGCCAGUUGUCAUGUUCAUGACCCUAUCACGUUGUCACGACAUGCCGUGGCCCACGAUACAAACAACCUUUGCAAGUCAGGAGCAUCGUCUCUAA